AUGAAGAUCCUCUUACCACACUGCCUUGUGCUUGCAUGCGCUGUCGGGUCUGUUCUGGGUUCUCUCGGUGUAACUCAGAUUACGAGUGGAACGGAUGAAUUCGUGAGAGUCAAGACAGAACCUAGUUUCAACUUUUAUCAGAUGAACAUUGACACGGCAUCGGGCAGCAAGACAACUUGUACCAUUUCCAGCAUUCAAACGGUCAAUUUGAUUCUGGCCAUUCGCUAUGGCGCCCUUCCCGAUGCCUUUGGGACAGCAGGUACCGACUACGACUGUACGGCCAAUGUGAAUGCUGCAACCAUUGGCAGCAAUUCAGAAACAUGCGAAGCCACGGCCGCCUCGGAUGCCCGUGCGUACAUACAGGUCGUGGCCGAUGAUACUAGUACGUCCAAUGCCGAAAAUGCCAUGGACAUUCGUUGCGACACCACGGCACCCUCUGCUACGGAUACUACCACGGGAGGAGGAGGAGAGUGUUUUUCGGGGGAUAUGACAGUGCGUGUGCAACACCAAGGCACGCCUGUCAAAAUGAAGGAUAUAAAAGUGGGCGAUUGGGUCCAAACAAACAGUCGAGAUAAGUAUCAACCCAUCUAUGCCAUGGCACAUGUCCAAGAGAAUGUGGCCAUGGAAUAUCUCGAAAUUGAAACUGAGGAUACCGAUAAGCCCUUGGUCAUUUCGAGAGACCAUUUGAUCUUUGUCGAUAAGGGGACACCCCAUCCCGUGGCGGCUCGCAAUCUGGCCGUGGGAGACUCUCUUCUCACAACAACAGCAACCACAAUCCACAGCAAUGCCACCACUACCAGUACGAAAAUUACCCACAUUGGAACCACCUACCAACUUGGCAAAUACGCGCCCCUGACACCCGAUGGGACACUGGUCGUCAAUGGAAUUGUGACAUCCACUUACGUCUCCAUCUUGGGCACGGACUCCAUGGAACUGCAACAACGUUAUCCCAUCAUGUCCUGGCAUACGUUUAUUCACGUCUUUUACAUGGCACCCAUUCGAAUGGCAUGUCAUCAUACCGAUUGGCAAGGCGUUUGCCAUCAGUACCUGACGGUCCGAGAUCCCACAACCGGUUAUGCCAAAUUUGUGGCCGUCGGAUUCCAAUUCGCCCAAUGGGUUCAUCGACAAACCAUGGCAAUGCAACUGGUACUGUUGGUUCUGACCAUGAUGGUGUUGGGACCCAUGGCACUGGUGGAACAAACAAUUCUGGCUACUAGGGGUACUACUGCCGCCGGUGUUUGUGCCGUUGGGGCUGUGCUCCUCCUCAUGACCACCACCCGACAGCAGUGGAAGCAGCGAGAGACACAAAAAAGAAAGACAGCUUAG